AUGUUGAUGAGCGGGCCUCAGAGCAUACUACAAGAUGGUGGCACGCUCCAGACCGUGUAUCUGCCAUGUGCGAAGGACGUUCUCAAGUUCAUAGCACAAUUCCGUCAACAGCAGCUCAAAGCUAUAGAAAGAACAGCAAGAAUUAGACGAUGCUGUGUUGUGAUCGAAGAAACAAGAGCCGAGGAUAAGAUCUUUUUAACGGGAAUAGGCGAAGGCUUAGCAGAUGCGGUGGAGAUGGUUCAAGUUCUUAUUGAUAGAGUUGUCUGUGACAGCUAUGACUUCAAACAGCCCGGGAUCGCAACUUACAUUGCAAAUGGCAGAUUAGAUAGUUUGACCAGGAUUGUCAAUAACGAAGAGAAGUGUUACGUACGCCUUGAAAAGAAAUAUCUUCAUAACAGGUCUUCUAGUUCUAGCACAAGUGGAUUAGAAGCAACGCCUACGGUUCCAAACGCAUCGAUCGGCACUGCAGGUGUUUCAGCCAGUGGCGGCGACCCAAGCGUCAAGUCAGCGGAUUCGUUCGUUAUAAUUACCCAACAAGGACACAAGGUCUUAUGGAAGGUUGGAGAUAUCGCUACUGAACAGGUUCGUGAUUGUACUUAGAAACGUAUCAGUAAACUAAUCACUCGUUAGACGAAGGGGAAGGCAUCCUAAUGUUACCUUUUUUCAGGAGCACAUAACCCGGAGCAAACAACUUCCAUGUACUCGAGCUCGUAAGCGUAUUUUCACCGACCAGUUCAUGUUUAGAACGAUUUUGGCGCGAAUUUAGAAUAGCUUUCUAGUCCCACAAACCAGUCAGCAAAACCUACAGACCUCAAAAUGGUAUUUUUGAACUUUUAAUGACGUUAAGUUUUCGUUUUAAUAUUUCAUAUCUCGAAUACAAUUAUAAACGAAGCGGAGCAUUCCUUUUUGGAGUUUGAAAAGGUGCUCUAAGAUAGAAUAAACCGGUCGUUAAAACGUCGUGACGUAGCCUAUUAUUAGAGUUGCUCGCUCCGGGAUAUGCGAUCCCGCUUUUUUUGCUCUACACGGGCAUAAUUUUUCGAGAUAUUGGUGGGGUCUCCCAUGUGCCCCCCCCCCCCCCAAAACCCCCCACCCUAUCUUCCUUUUAGUAGGGGCCUGUCGAGGAAACCAGAAAGUUUGUACUACCCAACUCUCGAUCUUUCGGUUAAACGCGCGAACCCAUUACCGAUUCAUCUCAAACAAGUCCCUCCCCCUUUUUUAGUGGAAAAAAUUAAUAAAUCUUCAAUCUCUUCUAAGCCCCUCUUCCCCCCGCUUAUUAUUUGUGGUGCCACCCAAGAUACUCAACUGAACGCUUAACAAAUAACUCUGUUUUUCAGGCCCAUACACUUGUUAGCUCCCAAGGUGUCUGUUCAAAAGCCAUAUUCGCUGCUGCUGGCCCGGACAUUGUAAAAAUCUUUCACACUCCACAGCCGGGGGAAAUCGUAGUUACCCCUGGUUACCAGUUGGCAUGUAGUCACGUGUUACAUACGUGUUGUUCUAAGUGGGAUGGAGGCAACGGAGAAGUGGUAAGUGAAUUGUAUUCCGAACGACGCUAUGUAUAUUUUAUUCAUUUUUCUUUUUUAUUUGUAUACCUUUCAUACAUACCUCAGAUCAUUUAUACGCUCUUACACAUUUUAUCUUGUAUAUACAUAGCGUCGCGUGGAACAUUUUGUCAUCCCUGAUGAUGCGGUUGAUAGGCGAAAGCUUGGACUGUAAUUUAACCAGUCGUUUAAGGCCUCACUAGAACAAUAUUUUUAUUUUUAAAAUCAUGCUGCUGAAGGACAACAUAAAUAGAUUAUUAAAAUUUUAGUAUUUCUUCUUUUUCUUUUUUCUGAAAUCCUUAUCGUUUAAUUAUCUCUGCUCUUAAAUUUUUAGACUUUACGAUCCAUUGUGCGAGCAUCUAUUCUCAAGGUUGACGAGCUCGGAGGAGAUUCGAUCGCCUUUCCUAUAAUUGGAACAGGAAAUCUGUGCUUUCCUCCGGGCGAAGCGGGCAGGAUAAUGUUGGAUGAAGCGGUAACAGUGUGCCAAAAUAACCCCCUCAUCUCGGUGAAAGAUGUUCGAUUUGUUUUGUAUCACGGAGAUCAGGGACUCAUCGAUGCUUUUACGCAAGAGGGAACGAGCUUACAAAAUAAAUAUCGCAAGACGGUGGAGGUUGUUACAGGUAAAGUUUGGCCUCGGUUGUUUAAACGUUUGAUAGCGCUAUCCACGGGAGAAAUCACUAUCCAGCGGAUACUGAUUACUAUUUGGGAAACCAAUUGCACUAUCUAGUGGAUAGAUAUUUAUCCAGUUCAGUGGAGAGCUCUAUCCACCUUGUGAAUAACUGGGGCCAGGACUUUAAGAAAGGAUUGAAGUUUAAUUUAUAAGCUGAUUUGUAAAGAAAAACCACCAUUUGGCUGGAUCAGAGUCUUGCCGUGCCUUUUGACAUUUGCUGUGGUUGCUUUCACUUCUACUAACUAUGCUCUCACAGAUACUCUUCUUUUAACUGAUUUGUAUUCAUAAUAGAAUGUGACGCUACCCACUUAGCUAAUCCCCCUCAUUCCAAUGCAAGUGCCUUGUAUGUCUUGAUGCCUGUAAACGAGGCUUAAGCCAAAGGCCUUGGUCAAAUGGAACUCUUCUGUAACUUAUUGCACACUCAAAACUUUGUGAUAACUUCUUCGGCAACUCCUUCGCCUCGGAGGUACUACAUAUAUUUUCCAUGGCUUACUUGGUACUGCGUCUACUUUGCACCAACUCAAGGGCCAACUUUUCCACACUUCCUUACAAAACGUGUUUUCCCAUUUACCUGAGAACAGAAACAUACAGCCCCGAAGCGAAUAACACUGUUCCAAUGCUGAGGUUUUUUUAAGGAACCAAUCAAAAUUUACUUCCUAAUAUGGAGUUGUUGUGCUUGACUGAUCGUGCGACCUUGCGUGGCCUCGGGGUUAUAUGUUUCUGAUGAGAGACCAUUGGUUAGCUCGGUUAGAAGGGUGACCCCCUACCCGGUUACCCCCUUUUUGUGAUGGCCCGGUACCAUCCUAGUCAAGUCGACUUUUCUCCAUAUAUACACUUUAGCUCGCCCAGCCGAGUCAACUCGGUCAAGAGUAGCCUACUAGCAAGCUCUCCGGGGCAAGGCGAGACAAUUAGAGCAUACGCGAGCGAUGUGGCCAACUUUUGUUGGAUCAUCAUACGUUUUUGGGAAACUGCCCACCUACCCCUCCUCUAAGCCAACAUUAACACUAUCCUUUUUUUUCUCAUAUAAACGCUGGUUAAAGUUGACUUAAUUAGCCGGGAGGGUGACCUAUCAACCCAAGACAGGUUUUCUCCGCAUAAACGGGGAUUAAGUGGAGACAGUGGCUAUUACACGGUUAUUGAAAGUCAAACUAGUGUUCAAAAUAAUACCCAGGCUUUUCACGGCUUUGAAGGGAACUCUGCUGGUUCUUGCUGAAAAGCUGUAGGCAGAAAUCCGUAAGUACAGCUACCAACUGCGUGCUGCCGUAAAUCACGAGCUUUUCUUGUCUUUGAAGGCGAUCUUACACAAGAGACAACAGAUGCCAUUGUGAACAUCAUCCACACAGACAUGAAUAUGAAUUCCGCCGGAGACCUCAGUAAAGCGAUAGCUAGGGCCAGCGGUGCGCAAGUGGAGGACGAAUGUAGAAGCUUAGGCCAGCAGCCUGUAGGGACAGCGGUGAUAACAAGUGGCGGUAACCUUGCAACGCCAAACAUUGUUCACAUGGUUGUAAAUUCCUCUGACAAAAAUCACCUUCAGCAGUGUCUUGAACGAUGCCUUCAGUUGGCUGACACAACAGGAUUAAAGACUAUCUCAUUGCCCGCGGUGGGGACUGGAGCGGGUGGAAUUCCGGGUGUCGACUCAGCCCAAUUAACAUUCAGAGCUUUAAAAAACUCUUUAGAGAACUGUAUGAACUUGCGUCACGUUAGGAUCAUCUUGUUCCAGGCCAGUUUGACGCAGGCUUUCUUGGACGAAAAAAAGCUUAUGGAGCAACAAGACAAUACACAACCAGUUCCAAGUUCAACAGGCGAACCACCGAGAAAAAAGAUCAAGACCGAGCAAGAUGCACAGUCACACCAGUCCAACAAGAACGGACUUGUAAUUCAUGUAGCAGGACCCAGUAAAGCUGGUGUAAAGAGAGCCAUGGAUACGCUGAAACGUGGCAUUGCAGAAGCUUUUACAACUCAGGUGGUCCAUCACAAAAACGUCAGUGAUCUGUCUAAAAACCAACUCUGUGAUCUGAGCAAGGACGCCAAGUCACGUGAUGUCAAACUGAUCUUGACGGUUAAGGGACAAGAUAAAAGUUUUGUUGUGCAGGGUGAGCACAGUAAAGUGGCAGAAAUAGUCGGGAAGAUCUGGCACCAACUGAAUGAGCAGACAGAGAGAAAAAGGGAAGCAGAAAACGCCAAUUUUCCAGGUAAACCGUCUUUUGUUUUAAUAUUAGUUCACAUGUGAAAUUUUAAAACUGAGGUUUAUAGUAUUUAUUAUGUCUUUCAUUUUAUACGCGUACUUGGAAUUGGUUAGAUUUACUACUGUACGCGCAGAAUUACUUGGUUGUAGAUAAAAGGCUCGUCCAUAGACAACAACCCUCUACAGCACUAAAAACGCAAACGAAACGCUCAUUCAAGUUACUUUAAAGCUUUCCGGCCUAACAAACUAAAAGGUCCCACCCACAGAUACAAAGAUCAAGAUUUUUCUUCAAAAUGUGACCCAAGUGACAAUUGUGUGUAGAAAUUGGCCACACUGAACUUUUUGGUUUUCUUACGUAACUUAAAAGGUCUUAUACAAGAAAUAAUGAGCUCAUCGUUUUGCGCAAGAAAAACAGCGAGUUUUACAGUCAAAACGAGGUCAACCCUAACCUAGUAUUAACCUAAAGGCUAAGGUACUAGCGAAGUCUAUUAAACUGCUUAUAGUAAUGUCUCUUCCUAAAAAUUGGGAGCCAAUGCCUCGCAACCAAGCCGGAUUUGACGUCACUGUACACGCGGUAAAUCUUGCUCCUACCUCUGUUGAGUACCAGGCUGUGGCGACUACAUUUUACCAGACUGUGGGAAAUUAUACUAUAUGGGGUAUCGAACGAAUACAAAAUCCGCAUCUGUACCAAUCGUACCAGCUUAGAAAGCAGAAAAUGGACAAAGAUAACGGCGGAAAUAAUGAGCGGCUAUUGUUCCAUGGUACAAGUCCUGACAAUGUCUCCAAGAUCAACUCACAAGGAUUCAACAGAAGUUUCUCAGGAACUGCUAGCGGUAUGUAAACAACGACGCUUAUAGGCCAUAAUCUUGUUUCACAAUAAUUUUAAGGUCCUCUCCAGACUAAUACGAUUUGGAAAACCUUGUUGACAAAAACUUAUCGAAGGGUCAUAUUGGCAUUUUCACCGUUUGCAACCUUUCAUACUAAAGUACUGACAGAGUCGAAGCCGGCGUAAUCAGAAGCGUAGAGGGUUGUGGUUCAGUGAAAACAGCAUUCCGAUUCCGGUUCCCUUACGAUUUUGUGGAAACUAGACUGGCAAGUCCCAUACGAAAGCUGAACAACGGGUGUUACUAAACAGAGGAAAAAAAGUUUUUUUAAAAAAAGUUUUGAUUCUUGGGACUUUGACUCUGGCGAACUUAUUGAAUUCGCACACAACUCCGAUUUGCGAUUUUCACUAGGAUUUUCACGACUCUUCUUACGACUCCGACUCCGAUUCUGUCGCUGGUGAAGAACGAGCCUUGAGCAUAACUAAUGAUACUUUUAGUUCCCGGGCUUCUCUGUGUGGUGUUUGUAUGUCAGAGAUCAAAUGGUGACCUUAAGGCUAGAGAAAUUAUUCAAAUUUGGACUAAACGCAAGUGAAAUUAUUCCCUAAUUUCACAAGUAUACCACUGGAUUACAUAUUGAUAGUAUCAUGGUGACAAAUUAAGCUUGCAAACGUGGGAUUUUGACCUGUUGAUCUUAUCGAUCGAGAAUUCCGCGCACUGAAAAGUUUAGAGCUUGAAUUUUGGCUUAAGUUCAUAACUUUCAGAAUUUUUCAACAAAAUACCUGAUAGAAUACCUCUUGAUGUGCUCUUUCGUGCGUUUAGGUUUUCUAAAGCGGCUUUAAUGCCCUGACAUCUUCAUUCAUAACAGUUUAAAACCUCGACGCCAUCUUAGCAAUUAACGUUUCGUGCGCCAAAAUUAAGAAGUAAUUUGUCACCCAUGAUAUUUAUAAUAUCUUUUUAAUUUCCGCGUUUGGUCUGGUUAGGUUUGGAUCCCGGUAGUAUAUGACUAGGUUUGAAGUCAGUGUUUUCAGAAACCUUCGAUAUUUCCCGUCCAUAGUAAAAGGACGGACCUAUGAUUUUAAGUCUCUGCGUGUGUGAGAGUUUUUGAUACCCAUCCUGUUCUAGAAGUCAUAUAAAAAAACACCGAAAAGGGGGUUAAAAAUAUAAAGCAAAAUCAAAUCAAUCAAAUCAAUUUUAUUUAAGCUCGAUAGCGUGAGGAGUGGUUGCCCAAUCACCCGAGCCGGGGGCUCAUGUAUUAAACGCUCGAGCAUUCCGGAUCGAAUUGGAAUUUAGAAAUGUUGGUUUUUACGGAGAGAGGAAAACCGGAGUACCCGGAGAAAAACCUGUCGGAGCAGAGAAGAGAACCAACAACAAACUCAACCCACAUAUGACGUCGAGUCCAGGAAUCGAACCCGGGCCACAUUGAUGGAAGGCGAGUGCUCUCACCACUGCGCCAUCCCUGCUCCCCUUAAGCAAGCGAAGUAUAAUUUUGACGUCUGUCGUAACAUGAACGCCUUACAAAAAUGCGUUUUUUUAACUUGCGCCAUGUUAUGUCGCCUCGCCAUUGCUAUCGGCAACACGCACACGAAAACGAAUCCGGAACCAGAAAUAAGACGCGAACCAUUUGUAAGAACUACUCGCGUCUUAUGUCAGACAUACUGGUAUAAAUGGUUCGGAUCGCGUCUUAUUUUCCUUGCUUAAUUACUGUGUCGCGUCUUUUAAAUGGCUUACCAAGAGCUUUUUGAGGGAAAGAUUAACAAAGUAAACACAUGAAUUUCUUCAUGAGAAAACUUCUCUUGAUUGUCCGAAAAGUCACAGUGCACGAUUUUGUCAAAUACUCCGUGGAAUAUUUGCCUCCUCUCCUAGAAAAUUUACCUUAUCUUUUCGAUGUACGUCAUUUUGAAAAUUAUAUUGACAGUCAAUUACAUCAAUUAUUUAAUGACACAGGGACUGACUUUGGGAAAGGAGUUUACUUCGCUAGAGAUGCGUCAUUUUCAGUAGGUUACGCCAACAGAUCCCAAGCUGGUGUUGGUAACCGAUGCAUGUACGUUGCUAAGGUCCUGGUGGGUCAGUAUUGCAAAGGGACUAGUCGUCAAGCCGUGAUACCUCCCCCAAAGGAUCCUUCCAAACCGGAAGAGUUGUUUGACUCUGUGGUGAAUGAUGCUGGAAACCCGUCCAUAUUUGUGGUAUUCUUUGAUAAUCAGUGCUAUCCUGAAUAUCUUAUCAAAUUUUAA